CCCCCUCUGUUCCUCUGCAAUUUGAUGGACUAUUCCGACCCCAAUCGUCGCGGGUUCUUGUUUCCCCUCUCCGGCUUUCGAGAUGGGGACGAGAACAAUCGGAGAAUCGGGGAGGUUUUGGGGAGGAACAGGGGCAGGAAUCCGCUGCUCGUCGGAGUAUCCGCGUACGUCGCGCUCAAGGGCUUCAUGGAGGCCAUCGAGAAACGAAUUGACAAUAUCUUGCCGGAGGAAUUGUCCGGGGUAAGAACUAUUUGCCUCGAAAACGAUUUCUCUAGGUUCUUGUCGGAAAAUUCCGAAACGGGGACUUUGAAUAUGAGAUUCGUGGAAGUCGUUCAGAUGGUGGAGCAGUCGCCGGAGCCUGGAUUGAUAGUGAAUUUCGGCGAUUUGAAGGCAUUUGUUGGUGAUAAUUCUACUGAUGAUCGAGCGAGCCAUGUGGUCGGGCAGCUGAAAAAGUUGGUCGACGUUCAUGGAGAGAAAGUCUGGUUGAUCGGAGCAGCGGCGAGCUAUGAAACUUACUUGAGAUUUGUUACUAAAUUUCCUUCGAUUGAGAAGGAUUGGGAUUUGCAUCUUCUCCCCAUCACUUCUCUCAGGCCUUCUGUGGCUGAAUCAUAUCCCAGGUCCAGCUUGAUGGGAUCAUUUGUUCCACUUGGUGGGUUCUUUUCCCCACCUUCUGAUGCAAGCAUCCCUUUGACUACCUCAUGCCAACAUCCUUCCCGCUGUAAUCAAUGUGACAAAAACUGCGAAGAAGAAGUCAUUGCUGCUUCAAAGGGUAUUUUCGUUCCCUCUCUCUCCGAGCAGCACCAAUCUAGCCUGCCUUCUUGGAUGCAAAUGGCUGAACUUAGCAACUUCGAUGGAUUUGAUGGGAAGACCAGAGAUGAUGGACUGGUACUGAGUGCCAAAAUUGCAGGAUUCCAAAAGAAAUGGGACAACAUAUGCCAGCGUCUCCAUCGCGGUCAACCAUUAAAAGAAGCAUCCAUGUUUCCGACGCUUAUGGGCUUCCAAGUCACUGAAGAUAAAAGGGGAGAUACUGCUGUUAACAACUGCAGCAGCAGCGUAUCCGCGGAGUUGAACUCGGGCAGUUUCAUGGAGUUACCAAAGAUUUCUCUCUCUAGAUCAAACACGUUUCCUCUAUCUACCAGGGCGAGCAACGAGAAUUUCCUAUCCAAACUGCAGGAAGAAACAUCUAAAACUGAAGAUAUCGAGUUAGGGGGUCGCAGGUCUCCUCUCAGCCUGUCCAUUUCAAGUGCAGAUGAUGAAAAUCGAACAUCUUCCCCAUCAGCCGGUUCUGUUACAACAGAUCUAGGAUUGGGAAUUGUUUCUUUGCCCACCAGUUAUAAGCUGAAGAAAUCAUUAAAUCAGAACAGCACGGAUUUUCCAUCGGACUUGUYGGGUUGCUGCUCAACGAAUGUUGAUUUAGUUAAUGGGAAGGUCUGUAAUGGCUUUACUCCAUCGUCAUCCUGUUCCAGUCCUGAACAAAGAGGACAGAUGAAUGCCAUGGAUGUCAAGAUACUUCUUCGAUUGCUCAAGGAAAGAGUUUUCUGGCAAGAUCAGGCUGUGAGCAUCAUCGGUCAAACAAUAUCCCAAUGCCAAACGAGAAGUGAUAAACACCACGGAUCAAAUUUGAGGGGUGACAUAUGGUUCAACUUUGUUGGUCCUGAUAAGUUCGGUAAAAAGAAAGUUGCUAUUGCACUUGCUGAGAUAUUGUAUGGCAAUAAGGAUCAGUUCAUAUGCGUCGAUUUGAGUUCCCAAGAUGGGAUGAUCAAUUCCGAUACACUUCUUGGAUGCCCACGUUUGAGACGUUACAACAACGUAGAAUUCAGAGGGAAAACUGUUCUGGAUUUUGUUGCUGCUGAGUUGAGCAAGCAACCCUUCUCCAUUGUUUUGCUUGAAAAUGUUGAUAAGGCUGAUCUUCUUGAUCAAAAUAGAUUAUCACAAGCUAUUCAAACUGGUAAACUCUCAGAUCUCCAAGGAAGAGAAAUUAGCAUAAAAAAUGCGAUAUUCGUGAUGACGUCAACAUCCUUGGUUGCUAAACAACGAAAAAAWUUUCCCGAGAAGCCAUUGUCGUCCAAGUAUUCUGAAGAAAGGCUCUUGAAGGCUAAAAGUUGGUCAUUACAGAUAAAAGUUGAUUCUAGCAUUGGAGAUCAAGCGAACCAAAGCAAGACUGUCUCUGAUACAGAGAAAAAGAGCAUCCCUAACCCCAUCUUUAUGAACAAAAGGAAGCUCAAUGUCAUAGAUGAAUCUUCGGAUCAGCACGAAAUACCUGAAAUGGUGAAACGGAGUAAUAAGACAUCAAACAAAUACCUGGAUCUGAACCGUCCUGCAGAAGAAAAUGUCCAGCAUGAUACCGAUGACGAUUGCCCUGAAAAUGACUCCACCUCAGAGAUCUCCAAAACAUGGUUACAAGAUUUCCGUAACUACAUCAAUCAAGUAGUUGUUUUCAAGCCAUUUGAUCUUGAUGCUCUAGCUGAGAAAAUACUGAAGGACAUCAAGAAGAUCUUCCACAGUGUCUUUGGCUUAGAAUACAUGCUUGAGAUUGACUCGAAGGUGAUGGAACAAUUGCUUGCUGCUGCUUACAUAUCAUAUGGGAAUAGAGAAGUAGAGGAUUGGAUGGAGCAAGUUCUAAGCAGGAAAUUCUCAGAAGUCAAAAGAAUACACAUCCUCUGUGCAAAUUCUAUCGUCAAACUUUCUACAUGUGAUCAGGAGCAGCUUCCAUUGGAGGAGAAAGCAGCAGAAGUCUGUCUUCCCCGGAGAAUCGUUUUAGAUCCAAGGUCGAAGUCGUGUUCUAGCUAAGAUGUAAAAUGCAGUGUCAUGUAAUCUAGUUAAACCUUGCUUAGGCUGUAAAUCCCAUAAUUUUGUUGGGUUUUCCUUUCUAAGUUAUGUUCUGUAAGAUAUGAUAUUUAGUUGCGUGAUCAAGUUCAGUGAGUUAAGCCAUUUGUCAUUGUUUUUGCUUGCUUUUUUCUUCAGGCUUGAUGUUUGAAUUUCUACGGAUUCAACGAGGAUAUGCAGAUGCUCAUACCAUAUUUUAUGAACUUAUGAGGAUUUAUUGGUA